UUCUAGUACUUGGUGCAUUAACUGCGUCUGGCUACAUAUCGUAUUUCUAGGAAGUCAACACCUCUUCUUUUGCACACUCUCGUCACCAUCACCACGCAAAAUCUAAGCCGACACCAUAUACCAACAGCAACCAACUUGUGUGCGCCGUGCCAUUGCCAGUGCCAUCGCGCCAUGCCACCGUCCGUCAACAUCAUCGAAGAGGCCCGCGUGGCCGUGCCGCGCACCGCCGCGCUGCCGCCGGAGCCCAUCCGUCUGUCCGCGCUCGACGCGCAGUGGAUCACGCUCCCGCUCAUCCAGCGCGUGCUCAUCUUCGUCAACGACGGCGGCAGCAGCAUGCCGCCGCCGUUCGCGUCCGCGGUGGACGCCCUCCGCGCGUCACUCGCGGAGACGCUCGCGCGGUUCCCGACGCUGGCCGGGCGGAUCGUGCACGUUCCGGCCACGGGCGACGCCGCCUUCGACUGCGGCACCGCGGGCAGCGGCGGCGGCGGCGGGGUGAGGUUCCUCGUCGCGGAGGCGAGCGACGCCGACGCGGCCCGCCUCGCGGAGGACGAUGACCACGACGCGGAGGCGUUCGCGGGGCUCGUGCCGGCGCUCGACACGGGGUUCCUCCCCGCGGAGACGCUGGCCGCGCAGGUCACGCGGCUGCGGGGCGGCGGGCUGGCGGUCGGCGUGGCGAUGCACCACGCCGCGGUCGACGGCCGGUCCGUGUGGAGGUUCCUCCGCGCGUGGGCCGCGGCGUGCCGCGGUGAAGGCGACGCCGACGCCGCGGCCGGCCCACCGACGACGUUCGACCGCGCGGUGAUCAGGCUCCCCGGCGGUGGUGGCGGCGGCGGCGAGGAGCUGGCGAGGAGCGUGCUGCGGAAGUGGACGCCCGAUCUGCCGGUGGCCGCCGUGGCCGGGCACUUCAUCCGCCCCAACCUGUCUCGCCGGACGUUCACCGUCACGGCACAAGACAUGCGCCGCCUGAAGCAGCGCGUCGUGGCCGAGCUCUCGCCCGCGCACACGCAGGACGCCGGCGGCACACCGCCGCCGUCCAGCUUCGUGGCGGUGGCGGCGCUGGCGUGGGUGUCCUUCGUGCGCUCCAAACGACACCCGGCGGGCAUCAUCUCCGCCGCCGACGAGGUCUACCUCUUCUUCUUCGCGGACUGCCGCGCGCGCCUGGACCCGCCGCCGGGGGACGGCUACUUCGGGACGUGCAUCUCCGGGUGCCUGGCGCGGGCCACCGCGGGGGACCUCCUCGCCGACGACGGCGGGGUGGGCGUCGCGGCGGCGGCGGUCGCCGAGGAGGUCCGGCGCGCCGCCGAGGACCCGCUGGCCGGGUGGGAUUGGAUGUCUACCCUGGAACAGGUGGACAUGGACCGGCUGAUGAACCUCGCCGGGUCCACGAGGUUCGAUGCCUACGAGGCGGCCGACUUCGGGUGGGGCCCGCCUGCCAGGACGGAGCUGGUCACCAUGAACCACGACGGGCAGGUCGUCCUCGUGGCCGGGAAGGGCGGCGGCGUCCAGGCGUCCGUGUCGCUGCACCCGGCGCACAUGGACGCGUACAAGUCGCACUUCCUCAGCUACUUUGGGUGAUUUUGUAUACUCCUAUAUAUGUAACGCAUUUAUAAUGAUGUUGGAUCAAGAGAAAAGCCUUGUUUAGUUUCUUAAAUUUUUUUUGCAGAUUAUCUAUCACAUCGAAUCC